AUGGGAAAAGGGAAAGAAACGACUAAUGGAUCUUGCUGUUUUGAAUGCUGCAGGCCUGCGGGUCGAAGCAAAUCCAGCGCACCAGCUUCUGCUGCAGUCAGUCAUGCGCUGAGACUUGGAGCUGUGGUUCUCAUUGCUGGUGCAGUGUUUAUAUUUUGUGCAUCUGUGGCUGCUUUAAAUCUGUGGAAGUUCGGUGACAAAAAUGUUUAUAAUGUUUAUUACAGCUUGAACAUUGAUGGGGAGGUGAGGGAGGGCUCCAUGGAAAUCGAUUCUGACAACAAUCUGGAGAGAUUUAAAACUGGGAGUGGAGCUGAGGAAGCUGUGGAGAUUCAUGACUUUCAAAUUGGAAUAACUGGAAUCCGGUUCUUUGGAGGAGACAAGUGCUAUAUAAGAUCUCAAAUCAAAGCAAACCUUUCACUUAUGGGAGCACAGAACAAAGAGACACUGAUGUUUGACCUGACAGGGGACAUAAUGCCUGUGAGGUAUGAUGAAGACUCUCUCAUUUGGGUUGCUGCAGAAAAGCCGCUGAAUGACACCACAUUAUUAAGCAGCAAAAUUCUGGAUAUUUGUGGAGAACUUCCCAUUUUCUGGCUCCAACCCAUGUAUCCUAAAGAUGGGGAGAGGGAAAAGAGAGACACUUUGCGAGCCAAACGGCAGUUAAACAUGGAGGAGAUUGAGGCAGCUGCUGAGACGAGGGAGCUAGUGAAUCGCACAGAGCACGCCACCUCCAGAGCUGAGGAUGAAGAGGAGUCAGCUUCAGGGUCAGCAUACAACCCUGAAAACCCCUAUCAUCGCAGUGGAGAGGCCAAAGAGGAGAGCGCCAUGACCUUUGACUCCAUGUUAGACCACCAGGGGAUCUGCUGCUCAGAAUGCCAGCGUGGUUACACUCACUGUCAAAGGGUGUGCGAUCCGUUGCGUGGCUACUGGCCUUGGCCCUACAACUACAGAGGGUGCCAGGUAGCGUGUCGAGUUAUUAUGCCUUGUCGCUGGUGGGUGGCUCGCAUUUUGGGUCUUGUGUAACACAACAAACUCAACA